CAUAAGGGGUUAUCAUGGUUUCCAGGAGCUGAUAUUCACAAUUCAUCAACAACGGUUUCACGACAAACGAGGGGGUGACAACACGAGCAAGCGUUUGCUAAUAAGUAACAUCAUGGAGGAUAAAGCGGAGUCCCCGUUAGGUGACACGGACCUCAACUUCCCAGCAGAGACCCACGCCGCCGAGGCCAUGGCGGCAGACAUGGACCCUUGGAUCGUGUUUGAUGCCCGAAGGACCCCCAGGUCGGAGUUUGACGACUGGCUAGAGAGCAACAAGCCAUCGCGGGUGACCAGAUACGGCGACGAGGAGCGCGACUUCAAACCGGUGGGCUGGAUUGCGGUGAGGGGCCCGGACUUCUGCCCCUGCACGGGGGAAGUGGUUGCGCUCCAGGAGAGCUGGGAGAAACUGGUGGCCAGCGGGCGGGCGAUCAACUUCCAGAACGUGAAGGAGCUAGCCCAGAACCACGGCGUCCUCUCGGGCAAGUGGCUCAUGCACCUGGACCCCGGUUUCAAGGUGGACCACGCCUGGGAGUGCGUGGCCAGAGCCACGCUGGACGGCAAGAUCUGGAGCGUCAAAGUCAGUCCGUACAACCCCGACAAAGUUGACAGGCAGGUCAUCUGCGUCUACAACCGGAAUUUCACCGACGAGGGCGAAGUGGUCCGGCUGGACGCUCAGAUCCGAGCCACGGGGGUCAAGUGCCCUCUGGUCUACAAGCCGGACGUCUACACGCACCUGGGAAUCUACCGGAACAACCGCUGGAAUCUUUGUCCCACCAUCUACGAGAGUAAAUUCAACCUGGAAUGCGUGCCCAGGCGCUCGCAAAUUGUCAACAAAGUCACCAAUCUGGAUGUCACAUUGUGACAUUUUUUUUUUUUUCAUUCAUGCAUGAUUGAGACUGCACUUUCACAAGAUUUUAAUUUUUUUUUUUUUUUUUUUGGGGGGGGGAACCUGCCUUGUUUGUGCUGAUUUACUUUGGCUAAUCUUCAUUCCUCUCCUUUCCAGUGCGUGCCUCCAUCUUUCUAGUUGUUUCUCCGCCUUCUCCCUGCAGAUCACAAAAUGUGCGAACAUCGUGGUCCAAGGGGAUUCCAGUCUAACCUUGUCUGUCAGCCUAUCCAUUACUACCACAAACAGGAAGGGGCUCAGUGCGGAAUCCUGAUGCAGUCCCACCGCCAGCUGUCUUUCCAUUUGUCAUUCUGUUCAGUGCCUUUCUAACUUCCCCCUUACUAAUCGUUGCCACUUCUACUCUACCUUCUGUCCCAUUUUCUUCAUUCAUUAACUUCUCAAAGUACUCUUUCCAUCUACUUAGCACACUACUGGCACCAGUCAACAUAUUAAAAUCAAAAUAAAAUAAAUAAAAGUCA